AUGCAAGCCAUUGCUGAUAGUCUAAGUUCAACCAAUGCAUUGGUUAAAGAAUUACAAUAUGAUAAUGAAGAAAACUUACAAAAUGAUUUCAUAACAAGUUCAGCACAAUUCCGUCAAUUAGCUCCCUCUAUAGCAAUGCCACCAAUUUCAACUCCACAAGAAUUUUUGAGAGCUCACACAGAUGAUUCCAAAAACCCUGAUUGCACAAUUAAAAUAGCACAUGGUACUACUACAUUGGCCUUUAGAUUUAAAGGUGGUAUUGUGGUGGCUGUUGAUUCAAGAGCUACUGCUGGUAACUGGGUUGCCUCUCAAACUGUUAAAAAAGUUAUUGAAAUAAAUCCUUUCUUAUUAGGUACAAUGGCAGGUGGUGCUGCUGACUGUCAAUUUUGGGAAACUUGGUUAGGUUCUCAAUGUAGAUUACAUGAAUUAAGAGAAAAAGAACGUAUUUCGGUAGCAGCUGCUUCAAAGAUUUUAAGUAAUUUGGUUUAUCAAUAUAAAGGUGCUGGUCUAUCAAUGGGUACAAUGAUUUGUGGUUACACCAAGAAGGAAGGCCCAACUAUUUAUUAUGUAGAUUCUGAUGGUACUAGAUUAAAGGGUGAUCUUUUCUGUGUUGGUUCAGGUCAAACUUUUGCUUAUGGUGUAUUAGACUCAAACUAUAAAUGGGAUUUAACUGUAGAAGAAGCCUUGUAUUUGGGUAAAAGAUCUAUUUUAGCUGCUACUCACAGAGAUGCAUACUCUGGUGGUUCCAUCAAUUUAUACCAUGUUACUGAAAACGGUUGGAUCUAUCACGGUAACCACGAUGUAGGCUCUACUUUCUGGGAGAUUAAAGAGAAAGAAGGUUCUUUUAAUAACGUUGUUGGUUGA